UUGCAGCUCUUCGUAUCUGGUGCAUACUGUGAGCAACCCAGUGAGCUGUCCGGCGAUUGGCUUCAGUUUGUCAGCGACCCGCGAUCCAAAGGAACAAUCUUGUUGGCAUUUGGCACAAUCCUGAAUUGGCAGAAAGCUCCGCCAGAGAAACGUGAGGCAUUUGUGGGCGCACUGAACCAGCUCACUGAUUAUCGAAUUGUUUGGUCCUAUAAUGGGCCGAAGAUCGAUGUUGCGCAACAUAUCAAACUUGCCAGAUGGGUACCACAAAUGGAACUGCUUUAUGAUACUCGUACAAAAUUGUUUCUUACGCACGGAGGAUUGAAAAGGUUAAGCAUUUUGAAACUUCUCUUUGUAUCUGGCGCAUACUGUGAGCAGCCCGGUGAGCUGUCCAGCGAUUGGCUGCAAUUUGUCAGCGAUCCGCGAUCCAAAGGAACAAUCUUGUUGGCAUUUGGCACAAUCUUGAAUUGGCAGAAAGCUCCGUCAGAGAAACGUGAGGCAUUUGUGGGCGCACUGAACCAGCUCACUGAUUAUCGAAUUGUUUGGUCCUACAAUGGGCCGAAAAUCGAUGUUGCGCAACAUAUUAAACUUGCCAGAUGGGUACCACAAAUGGAACUGCUUUAUGAUACUCGUACAAGACUGUUUCUUACGCACGGAGGAUUGAAAAGUGUUAAAGAAGCGGCAUGUGCCUCGAUGCCGACUAUUUUUAUGCCGAUGUUUGCUGAACAAACUCGUAAUUCAUGGCUUGCAUGGAAUCGCGGUUAUGGCAAGUUGCUCAACAAAGUUAAUAUUACUGCUGAGUCUCUUUUGCACACAAUCCGGGAAAUGCUCGAAAAUACAAAAUACAAAGAGAAUGCGCUCAAGUUCCGCCGCUUCUAUGAUGAUGUAUCUCCAAUUUCUGCCAUCGAAGGAGGCGCGUUCUGGAUCGAACGACUGCUGAAGUAUGGUGGACGGAUGCCGAAUUAUUUUUAUACAAGGUCUACACAACUGAGCUACACUGUCUACCUUAAUCUCGAUCUUAUCAUAUUUAUCCCUGGUGUUUUUGUUUUGUUGUUGUUAGUGAGAUAG